AGAGAGGCUGGACUUUGAGCUUUAGUUAGAAAGAAAACCAUAGAAAAAAACCAACCGGGUUUUCUUUCUUUCUAUCUUGUUUCUUAGCUUCUCUUUUUUCCUCUCUCUCUUUCUCUCUCUCUCAUAAACCGCCUACAUACAUGCACUUCUUAAAUUAGAAAAGACUUAAAGGUACUAUAUGUGUGUUUGAAGCAGCCACCUUUUCCUUUAUUUUUUUUUCUCACUGGCUUCAGUUAAAGUAAGCUAUAGAGAGGGAAUUCUGGCGUUUUCCAUGGUUAAAGCAGGUUUAUAGUUCAAUUCUAUUGCAACAAUUUCCUCUUUCCUUCUUCUACGUUCUUCUUUAUCUUAUCCUAACCGAAUAUUUUCCCUUUUUUCUCCUGUUUUCCUGCAUAUUCUCAUCUGGGUUCUGCAGAUUUUAUUGUUUAGGAUUGAUUUCUUCUCUAAAACAGCCAAGUAUAUGCUAGGGAGUUACUAUUUUCAAUCAUCAUUUUUUGUCUAUAUUCAAGAUUUUUCUCUUUGUCCAUCACUUCGUGUUGUUGUCUAGUUUUCUCAACCGGAUCAUCAUCUGCUCAAGUACAUGUAUUUAAUUUCUUGAUAUAUAUAUAUAUAGUUCAUAAACUUGUGAAAAAUGAUUAGCCAUAUUAUUCUUAUUUUGGCCUUCAAGUCACUGAAAAUGAUUGUAAUAUUCUCUUCAUCCAAGUUUCUUUGUUGAUCUUCUGUAGAAAUUCAUUUUUUCAUUUAUCAAUCUCAGUCAGCUUUUGGAUUUUCCUGAAUAUAGAGAACCAACUUGGACAUGCUCAGUUGUGGACUGUUCCAUAAAAAAAGAGUUGCAAUAUUUCAAAGCAUCUGGUUUCAUCAAGAGAGAUAGCAUAACAUAGCAUCCCUCACACACUCAUACGUCACCAUGAAUAAGAUCAGCAACUUGAGCUCUGUGAGUAGCUCUGAUCUCAUAGAUGCCAAGCUUGAAGAGCAUCAGUUGUGUGGAUCCAAGCAGUGCCCCGGUUGCGGACACAAAUUUGAAGGGAAGCCGGAUUGGCUUGGUUUGCCUGCGGGAGUGAAGUUUGAUCCCACAGACCAAGAAUUAAUAGAACAUCUUGAAGCCAAAGUGGAGGCCAAGAACAUGAAAUCACACCCUUUGAUAGAUGAGUUUAUUCCCACUAUUGAAGGAGAAGAUGGAAUUUGUUAUACCCAUCCCGAGAAACUUCCAGGAGUAACAAGAGAUGGGUUGAGCAGGCACUUCUUCCAUAGACCUUCAAAGGCUUAUACAACUGGGACAAGAAAGAGAAGAAAGAUACAAAACGAAUGUGACUUGCAAGGUGGAGAAACCCGGUGGCACAAGACUGGUAAGACCAGGCCAGUGAUGGUAAACGGAAAACAAAAAGGUUGCAAGAAAAUUCUAGUCCUUUACACCAACUUUGGAAAGAACAGAAAACCCGAGAAAACCAAUUGGGUAAUGCAUCAAUACCAUUUGGGUCAGCAUGAAGAAGAGAAAGAAGGAGAGCUUGUGGUGUCAAAGAUAUUCUAUCAGACACAACCAAGGCAGUGUAAUUGGUCAGAUAGAAGUGCAACAACUGGUGAAGGAAGUGGAGAGCCUAAUAAUAGCAGAAGAGACAGUGGAAGUGGAAGUUGUUCUUCCAAGGAAAUAGUUACUCACAGAGAUGAAAUGUCUGCUGUUGUUGGUGUCCCUCCAAUAACAAGUUUCACUCAUCCUUUGGAUAUGCAACACCUAAAACCCGAUCAUUUUAGCUUCAUCCCUUUCAGGAAAAGCUUUGAUGAGGUUGGAAUAGGAGAGGCUUCAACAGCAAGAGAAGUGCAAGCAUCAGGUUCAUGUGAUGAAGUACAUGAAAGGCAGCGACCACAACAUGUAACUCAUCAUCAUCAUCAUCAUCAUCAACAACAACAACAGCAUCCUCAUCACCAGAUUUCAACCUCAGCUUUUCAUAUCAGUAGGCCUUCACAUCCCAUCUCCACCAUUAUCUCUCCUCCUCCACUCCAUCACACAUCCAUCAUUCUCGAUGACAACUCUUACCACGUCUCUAGAAUAAUGCUCCAAAAUGAAAAUUUCCAGCAACAGCAGCAACAACAUCAUAAGCUUGGAGGAAGGUCUGCGUCUGGAUUGGAGGAACUCAUCAUGGGGUGCACUUCAACUGAAAUCAAAGAGGAGUCAUCCAUCACAAAUCCACAAGAAGCUGAAUGGUUGAAGUACUCUUCUUAUUGGCCUGACCCUGACAACCCGGAUCAUCAUGGGUAAGAGAGGGAGAAAACCUACCAAAAAAAAAAACAGA